AUGGCACGUCCAAAAUCAAUCCGCGCACCUACAACCGCCAGUCUCCCAAAUAACUUGCGCAUCGCCUCCACCACUCCCUCGCUGGUCAAGGCCCUGGGAAAGCUAUCCCGCCAAUCGCUCCUGGAUAUCGUGUUCCAAUGGCUAGAUGAUCGCAAUGUCAAGCUAUUUCCCCCUCUGUUAGAGGGCGACGAGGACGAAAAUCCGGACGACGAUGGCUUACGACCGUAUCCAACCGAGCACUCGCUCAACGACGUUCGCAAUGCGUAUCAAGAAUUGCAAUUCAGAAAAGGCGGCAAGCGAGAGGUCAUUGAUCGCAUCCUGGAUGGGGACUGGAGACAUGGGAUCACGUUGCGACAGGCUGCUAUGGUCGACCUCCGAUACCUAGAUGACCACCCGUCGAGUUUGCGCUGGACCGCGCUGGAGCUCGCGCGCAUCGGCGGCCCAAACACACAGGACACACCCAUCGCAGAACUCUCAGCUAGUAUUCCACGCGUACACUCGUCCACUUUUCUCAAAAAGCUCCAGGAGCAAAUCUCACCCUUAGUCAAAGCGCACUUCUACCUCGCGCGCUCCACCACUCAACCCCUCACCUUCCUCCGCAUUUUCGUCACACACUCGCCGUACCAGAAUCUCCGCCAGGCACCGGAAACCCUCACCGACUCGUCCAGAGUCAUGUACGUCGCAUUCCCAGACAGUUGUCCAUAUAUAUACACUUCUCUCGCGUCUGCCGCUGGGGCCAAGGCAAACACCGGCUCCGCCGUCGCAACAGACGCGCGAAGCCUCCAGCGCAUCGUCCGAGACGCUAUACCAAAAGCCCUUUCCCUCCCUCAUCAACGAUACACACUCAAACCUACAUCCCUCACAGCAAAGAGCCUUGGGGCUCUCAUCUCCCUCCGCGGCCCAGGCCGCUCCACCAACGCCAACGGCGCAUUCAGCAUCUUCGCCGACGCCGUCCUCGAAGGAAGCCCCGUCGACCCACGUCCCUCCAACACCGUCUCCCCAGAAGAACACCAGAAACAAUCCCUCCCAGCCUCUAAAUUCGACCAAGAGAAUGAAAACAAUGUCCUAGAUGGCAAUAAGGACGCCGACGCCGACGCCGAUCUCUCCUCCCAUCCAGCAAAACCACUCCGCCGCGCUAGAGAUACCGACGCUGACCCGCGCGCAUCCAAAAAGCGCAAACUCACCGUCCAAUCCCGCUUCGGAACGGCCGGUACUGCAAUGUCCUCUGCACCGCUUGACCGUCUCGACGCUAGACUCCUUGACCCUCCCAGCAAUCAAAAUUAUGGAGACGACGACGAGGGGGACCGCGAUGCUUCUCAUCCUACCCUCUCGCUUACAUUCACCGGAACAGAUGUCGUGUCUGGUAUCCGGAAACUUGCGGAGCUGGGCAUCGUGAAUGCCGAGCGGAUGCCGUCCUGGAUGACGGGUGAAGAGGCCAUUAGUGUAGCGAUUGUGCGCAAGGGGAGGGUCAUUAAUGAUGGUGGAUGA